CCAUGCAAUAUCUCAAGAUCCCCUCCUACUGCCAAAUACGGGUUGUGUUAAUUUCUUUUCUUUCAACAAUGGUUUGGAACUAAAGUGAAAAGGCCUCUCUCUGGCGUGACUUAAAUUUACUUCUGGAAUUUCAAGUUCUUGGGUCAUGGAACGAUGUGAUAGUCGAGUUAUAAUUAAAGAUAGCAGCUACAAACAGACCUUAGGCACCAUUGAAAGAAUAAAAAAUGAAAACAGCUCAGAUUGUUCACCAAAUAUUUCUAUGUCAUGCACUAACAAUAUCCCAUAUCAUAACAUUGAUUGUGGAGAGAAUAUAUUUUGCAGUAAAAAAAUACUACCCAACAAGAAACCUUUCAUGAUGCCUAAUGAAAUGUACAUCUCAUUGAAUUCCGAAUCCUCUCAGCCUGCGAAGGCGCGCAAUGACUUCUACUCAGCGGGCUACCAUUCGACACCUGCCAGCCCCGAAGAGACUGAAAGGACUCGUAAUAAACAAUUGAAAAAGGAUCUGUCAUCGUUUCACAGUCCUAUAAUUGACAAAAAAUUGCCUUUUAGCUUUUCAACUAGUUUUGUUAGAACUUCUAGGAGUGAAGAUCAUCUUCGUAAAUCAUCUUUAACCACUGUAAACAUCGACAUUGAAGAUGAGCUAGCAUCGUCGCUUGAUACUCUUUUGGAUACAAAAGCUGACGACGUUUUUUACGAUUUAGAAAAGGACGAAAGCCUUGGCAACUCUUGUCCUGAAACUAUUUCCAGCGGCAAUAAGAGCCCUGAUGAACAAGUGAACUCAUCUAAGAGUGAUCUGUCUCAUAGUUCUAGUGGAACAGCCCCUGUGUCGAAAGUUAGCGUGAAAGUCAAUGACUUGCCAGAAGUGAAACCUAGUGGUGCUGAACCUUUGAGUGAAUCUUCUGGUUCUGAGAUCAUACCAUCUGAUUCUUCCAGCACUAUCCGGAGGGACAGCGAGGGUAGUGGGGAUUGUGAAUGCACUAGUGAACAAAUUUCUGCAAUCAGUAGUCUCGAUGAUGCUACAGAUUCUGAUCUUGGUUCGCCCGUAGGAAGUUUAUCCCCAGAGACUGAACUUAACAUAGAUGCCGCAUGGAUGGUAGAUCUAGACACAAAAGAGUGCGUUCUUGAUGUUUUUCAGGACAUCACCAACAAAACCAAAGUGCCCACUAGAACUGCAAAACAGCAGCAACCGCCAAACAUUGAACUGAAUUUGAACUCAGGCCUUAGUGAUGUUCAUAAACUGCAUCCUUCAGCGCUAGUGGUAUCCGCUGAUAAAUCGCCAACCUCUUUAAGCAGCUCACUUUCAGUGCCAAAAGCUUAUGAAGACAAAUUCGAUCUGAGUACGGAAAGCCCGACAUCUCAAGGUUCAGAAGACACGUUUGGCGAGUUGUCAUACCAUGAACUCACUGAGAGUUAUGAUGAGAUAUCUGCUGCUAAUGAAGUUGAAGAACCAGAACCUCAGUCAACGACUCAGAGGAGUGAAUCUCCUCCUACUGACGACGAGUCUGAUAUAGAAAGUCUGCAUAGUUUUCAUUACAGUCCCAAAGCAGUGGAUAUACCUUCAGCAAUUCGUCUGGCCAAAAGAUUGUUCACUCUCGAUGGUUUCAAAAAGACUGAUGUGUCCAGACAUCUUUCCAAAAACAAUGAGUUUAGUAAGGCUGUUGCCGAAGAAUAUGUAAAAUUCUUCGACUUUACCGAUGAAGGUUUAGAUGUGGCUCUGAGGAAGUUUUUGAACCAAUUCUGCCUCGUGGGCGAAACACAAGAGAGAGAAAGAGUCCUUCUUCAUUUUUCCAAGCGCUACCUUGAUUGUAAUCCGAAUUCAUUUAAAUCCCAAGAUGCUGUUCACACACUAACUUGUGCGCUUAUGCUUUUAAACUCUGAUUUGCAUGGAGAGAAUGUAAGACGGAAAAUGGUCUGUGGAGAAUUUAUUCAGAAUUUAUCUGAGUUGAAUGAUGGAGAGAAUUUUCCAAGAGAAGUUUUGAAAACCCUGUACCAUUCUAUUAAAUCCCAUCCACUGGAAUGGGCUCUUGAUCAAGAGGAUGAAAAGAAACCUUCAGCAAAAGAGAAAGGUUCAUCUGAUUACAGACAAAGCUUCUCUUGUCAUAAUCCAUUCCUGGAGGUUCCAAAUCCAAAUUGUGCAACUGAAUAUAAGAAAGGUUAUGUUAUGCGCAAAUGUUGUAUGGAUCCUAGUGGUAAAAAGACUGCUUUAGGACGUCGUAGCUGGAAAAUGUUAUAUGCUACUCUCAGAGAUUUAGUUUUAUACCUACAUAAGGAUGAGCAUGGAUUUAAAAAGAAUCAGCUGUAUGAGAGUCUUCAUAAUUCUAUCAGGAUACACCAUGCUUAUGCUGAAAAAGCACUUGAUUAUACAAAGAAGCAGUAUGUUUUUAGAUUGCAUACUGCUGAUCAAGCUGUAUAUUUAUUUCAAACAAGUGAUUCCAAAGAGCUCGAUAGCUGGGUAGAUACUAUCAACCUUGUGGCAGCUAGUUUGUCUGCUCCUCCAUUGCCAAGUGGUGUGGGCUAUCAGAGAAAGUUCCAGAGACCUUUACUACCUGUUAGUCAUACAAAGCAUAACUUGAGAGAACAGCUUCAAGAUCAUGAAACAAGAAUAGUUUGGCUAGAAAAGGAAUAUGAAGAACUGAUAACAAGAACACCUGAGAAAAGCUUAAAGUCAAGAUUUGUUCAUGAAUAUGCAGAAAAAGAAGCAUAUUUACAGUAUGAGUUGACAAGAUACCGCACGUACGCCUUUCUUCUCAGAACUCGAAUGGCUCAACAUCCAGAACUUGAAACACCUCUAGUGCAAACAAGCAUUGGGGAGUUAGAAGAACCUGUUGAGCGAUCAAAAUCCCCCAAUAGCCCCCAAAAUUCUCCUAGCAGAAAGAGUCCUAAUCCUGUUGAGAGCAAUGCUGUUCCUGAGAAAAACAGCUUAAAAGUCCCGAAAGUGCUGUGAUUGAUUGCUACUUAAAUACAUUAUCGAGGCUUUCUAUAUUUUUCCUAAAAAGAGGAAAUUCGUUUGCUUGUAAGAAAUAAUAAAUAUUGAUGAUUUUGGCAUGAGGUAUGUAUAUUUUUUAUUUCAUGUGAAGUCAACCCAAUUGACUGGGGUCCCUUGUAGCAGAGUAAUUCAUCAACUUGGUGCUCAAAAGUGAUUUCUCUCACAAUAUGGAUUUUAUCAUUAAGAGACUAUCAAAUCUCAUAGUUUUUACGGUGCCAACAUUCUGUGCUUUGCAGUGCAGAUAGUUUUGGAUGUUUCCUGAAAGAUGUCACUCAUUCAUAUGAAUUCAGUCUCUUUUGGUGCAUUUCAUCUUAUUCAUUGAUGUACUUUUUUGUGCUAAGUGUUGUACUUUUUUGUGCUUUAUUUUAAACGAAUUCAAUUCUUGCAUUUUUUAAUAUAAUAUUGUGGUUUGAUUUGCAAUUGUCUAAUUGUGAAACUUUACGUGUGCAUAGCUUAUUUGUAAUAUUUUACCUGUUCUUAUCAUGCUCAUUUUUAAUGUUAUCUGGAAGUUUGUGAGUGAUAAUUAUUAUUUAGAAAAUUCAAAAGGAUAUUUCAACUGCAUUUAAAUGCAUUAACACAACAAAAAGCAUUGAUAAAGGUAGAUGUAAGCAUCUUUAUUUUGUACAUAGUAUUAAAUCAUUUUAUUUAUUAUUAUUUUCUGUCCUGGUGUAAUUUGUA